CAGACCCUCGUGGCCUUCGUGCAGGGCCAGCAGUCCGCGGAGGACGAGGACCCGGGAGCGCCCGACCCGGCGGCCUACAAAUCGCACAGCACGGGCAUCCUGGACGUGCUGGAGAAUCUGAAGGCCAAAGCGGAGGAGCAGCUGGCCGACCUGCGCAGGGCGGAGUCCAGCGCCAAGCAGAACUACGCCCUCCUCAAGCAGAGCCUCGAGGACCAGGCCGCCUACGACACGAAGGAGAUGAAGGAGGAGAAGGCCUUCAAGUCGGAGACGGACGAGGCGAAGGCUACUGCCUCCGGCGAGCUGAAGACCACUGCCGCGCUGCUCGCCGAUACGCAGGCGUCGCUGUCGAGCGUGCAGGCGGGCUGCAUGCAGCUGGCGUCCGACCACGACGCAUCGCUUGCGAGCCGCACGGCGGAGUUGAAGACGCUGGCCGAGGCGAAGAAGAUCCUGGCGGAGACGAGCUCGGGCGCCGUGGGUCAGACGUACUCGUUCGUGCAGGAGGCCCGCGCAGCGUCGCGGCUGCGCACGCGUGCCGACCUGGAGGGCGCGGAGCUGUUGCAGUUCGUGCGCAGGCUGGCGAAGAGGGAGCACUCCGAGGCUCUCUCGCAGCUCGGCUCCCGCAUCUCCGCGCUCAUGCAGUACGGAGCCUCCGCCGGCGAGGAUCCCUUUGUCAAGGUCAAGUCGUUGAUCAAGGACAUGAUAGAGAAGCUGCAGGCCGAAGCUUCGGCCGCUGCCACCGAGAAGGCGUACUGCGACGAGCAGAUCGCCAAGACCGAGGCGAAGAAGUCCGAGCUCGAGGACGACGUCGCGAAGCUGACCGCCAAGAUCGACAGCAAGAGCGCCAGCUCCGCGCAGCUGAAGGAGGAGGUGAAGGUCCUGCAGGGGGAGCUCGCCGCGCUCGCCAAGGAGCAGGCCGAGCUCACCCAGGUCAGGUCCGACGAGAACGCGGCGUUCACGAGGGCGAAGGCGGACCUCGAGCUGGGGCUGACGGGCGUGCGCAAGGCCCUGCAGGUGCUCCGCAAGUACUACCAGGGCGACGGCGCAGCAAUGCUGCAGUCCAGCGAUGCCCAGCCGGCCAAGCCCGUGUUCCACUCCAAGGCGUCCGGAGCGGGGGGCAGCAUCAUCGAUAUUUGCGGGUCCUGGAGGUAG